UUGAUUACAGGACGUUGACAACUGCGAGCUAAGCACAGCGAAGUACAUAAAAGUGAUAUUGUAAAAUCGCCGGUAUGGCGACAAAUAUGGAGGUAGAUACACCUAGGACAAGUGUAAUGGCCACUGCAGGAACGUCGGGCAGCGUAUCGGUGGCUCUCCAUCCCCUCGUCAUCAUGAACAUCUCCGAACAUUGGACAAGGGUCCGUGCACAGGAAGGAAAGCCGAUGCAAGUUCUGGGUGCACUGAUCGGACAGCAGAAGGGGAGGAACAUUGAAGUGAUGAACUCCUUUGAGUUGGUGUUUGAUGUUGUAGAGGGCAAUAUCAUCAUCAACAUGGACUACUACAAUACCAAGGAAGAACAGUUCAAACAAGUUUUCAGUGAGAUGGACUUCCUUGGCUGGUACACGACUGGAGAUCUACCGUCAGAGUCUGACAUCCGAGUGCAUGGACAGAUUUGCCAGAUCAAUGAGAGUCCAGUCUUAAUGAAGCUGAACCCACUAGCGAGAAACUCUGAUUUACCGGUGUCCAUCUAUGAGUCUGUGAUAGAUCUUGUAAAUAGAGAGGCUACUAUGCUGUUUGUGGAGCUGUCAUACACACUAGCAACAGAAGAGGCAGAGAGGAUCGGUGUGGAUCACGUGGCGAGAAUGUCUUCGUCUGACACUGGAGAAAGUUCUACAGAACACCUGAUUGCUCAGCACAGUUCAAUCAAGAUGUUACACAGUCGAGUGAAGCUAAUUCUGGAAUAUGUGAAAGCAGUACAAGCAGGAGAAAUACCAAAGAACCACGACGUCCUGAGAGAGGCGUACAGUCUGUGUUAUCGGCUUCCUGUCCUCAACACCACACGGUUUAAGGAAGACUUCUAUAAUCAACACAAUGAUGUGUGUCUCAUGGCGUAUCUCGGAUCGAUGACGAAAGGCUGUAAUACAAUGAAUCAGUUUGUGAACAAGUUCAAUGUGUUGUACGACCGGCAGGGGAUGGGGAGGAGAAUGAGGGGCUUGUUCUUCUGAUACCAACAUCUGUUGACACACAAGGAA